GAAAAAAAAAAAAUGUCAAAUACCACAAAUACGUGAUGUCAAUCAGCCACGUCAUUUUUGCUUGAAUGAUAUACGCGGCGUUACUAGAUAAGUGUUAAAAUAAAAUAGCGUAAAAAUGAAUAUAUUCCGUUUGCUUGGUGAUUUGUCUCACCUUUUAGCUAUAAUAAUAUUGUUAUUGAAGAUUUGGAAGACGCGAUCAUGUGCAGGCAUUUCGGGAAAAUCUCAGAUUCUUUUCUCGAUAGUGUACACGGCACGGUACUUGGAUUUGUUGACGACGUUCAUAUCGGCGUACAACACUGUCAUGAAGUUGGUAUUCAUCGUAGCAUCGUAUGCUACUGUUUACCUGAUGUACGUGCGAUUCAAAGCGACGUACGACCACAACCACGACACGUUCAGGAUCGAGUUCCUGUUGGUGCCCUGCUUGGUGCUGGCCUUUCUGAUCAACCAUGAGUUUACUGUCAUGGAGAUUUUGUGGACAUUCUCAAUUUAUUUGGAGUCGGUUGCCAUCUUGCCGCAGCUGUUCUUGGUGUCUAAAACUGGAGAAGCAGAGAGCAUUACGUCUCAUUACUUGUUUGCGCUUGGAUCUUACAGAGCUCUGUAUCUCUUGAACUGGGUAUACCGCUAUGUGGUGGAGUCUCAUUACGAGCUGAUCGCUAUUGUGGCGGGCGUCGUGCAGACGGUGUUAUACUGUGAUUUCUUCUACCUCUACAUUACUAAAGUUCUUAAAGGGAAGAAAUUGCAGCUCCCAGCCUAAGUUGCUGGCAGGUUGGAUCGCGAGCACGCCAUCUGACGAACAUAUGUGAAGAUAUUUUGGUGUAAGCCAAUAAUUACCUAAGAUCUAGUUAUACAAACUGUACCACUGUAGUGAACAUGCAGUCAUGUGUACAGAUCGAUAACUACACGCACGCAGUCGCACGCGCAUCUCAAACGUGAAUACACCAACCAAAACAACCAGUUUUGUAUUCAACAAUAAUCACAUUUGAAAUUCUGAGACACUUCAUCUUGACAAACCAGAACAAAAGUCUGCAAAUACUAAAAACAUUUGUCCCACUGCGUUCCGGAAGCUGUCAUUGGCUGUCGUGUAAUUGAAUGUUAUGUACAUUUUUAGAAAUAAUUUAAAUCUCAAGAGGCUAUCCGAGGCAGCUAAGCGCCAUAGUAUGACUUAACGUGUUUGCAUUUUUCAUUGAUAACGGGUUCUGUAAUGUAGAUCAUUCGUUGAACGUUACUUUGUCGUGAGAUGUAUUGUGACAAGGUAAAGUUCAACCUGUAGUACAUGCAUUUUAGGUCAUUUUCAAAAUGUAACACUCUAAAUUACUCUUUCACUGAACACCUGUCAAAUUUAAUAAACAAAAUCAAACUAAUUUCGUUUAUUCUACUUUAAAAUUAAAAAUAGGACCCAUUAAAUGAAUGUCAUUCCUGUGAAGUUUAUCGCUCUACAUAAAAAGGUAUACUUCCACAAGAACUUCCUCAUGACCUAUUUAAUUAGUUGGUAAUAUUAUAACGUUUUUUUAACCCUGGUUAUAUUGUUAAUUAAUUAUAAUAAUGUUGCCCCAAGCCCCUUCUUCGAUACUAAAAUAGGAGGUGUCAUUAACGAUGAUACCCAAUUUUUAAAAUAAAAUUUCGAGUCUCUGAGAUCUCUCUGUUAUAGGCGAUUAUUUUAUUAUCGGAAUAUAGUACCUAAUAUUAAACAUAUUUUAAUAGGAACAUGAUGUUUGAGCGUCACAUGGUUUUGGAAUAGCUAUUUUGUCUCCCAUUGAUAGUGUAGAAUGUAGAUGAUUGACUUAGUUUUUUCUUUCUUGUUUUUGGUGGGAAUAUUGUAUGACAGCACUAAUAUUUAUAGACAACUGAUUCCACCAGUUUUCGAUCCUAUAACUUUAUUCCACCGGCGAGUUGGUGUUAUUUAACUAAUGUAUUGUCCAGACUGUCAAAAUGGAUUAACAAAAAUAUACUUUAUAUCAUGCCCAUUAAAGUCGCACUCAAAGGACUGCCUACAGCCGCUCAUCAGUUGCCAGGCAAUUGCUGGGUGUAGUUUUCAAUUUGACAAUAGUUUACAAAACUGGUUGCGCGUUAUAUCGUGUAUGCGACUAGUGCGUGUAGUUAUUUGACAAUAUGUUCAGUGCAAUUUAAUUUAAUGAACCACCUGUUGACAUUUGAAACACCCUGUAUUCUUUUUUAAGCGUCUUUAUUAACUUAUAAUAGGCGAAACGGUAUAACAGUUAUAUAUUUACGUAAUUUGUACAUGAAAAUGCACUUGGAUACAUGUUAUCAAUAGUUAUAUUAAUUGUGGAGUGAAACCAAAAUUAGUAUUAUAUAUUUUAUACUGAACUACUGUGGAUGGCGCAGCGGGCUGUGGCCACGUUGUGAGCUGUGAGCGUGCUUCUCAACUGUACGGUAUAUUUGAUUUAACAUUCUUUACCCACACAUUGACAUAAAUAUCACUAAUAUAUUCCUUUAGGUUCGUAUUGUAUUUGUUUAAACAUAGCCAUUGUAUUAAUUUUAUGCCAUUCAAUGAAUUGUGUUUAUCUUGUAUCUAUUUUCGUGUGUUCCCCGUGUAUCGGCUGUUCUAAAUUGUUAAUUAAAAUGAUUAAUUGUGCGUAAAUUCUGAGGAUGUUUAUAGCAAUCGUGAGUGAACUAAUGUGGGUACGGAGCUGAUGGCCGGAGUGGCAGCACUUACCGGAACAUUAUUGGUACAAGAUCAAACGUUCGUUUUCACACGUUAGUGUUAAGAAUGUAAUGUCUUGAGUCUUGAUUAUAAGAAUUUCUUAAUAAAUUACUUGAAUUAA